UCUUUAUUUUUAUCUUUUUCCCUAUAAGUUUCAACUCUACCUCUAUAUAACUAGUCUACGCGCCAUAUCAAACAAUAUAUUGUAAGUUAAAAAAAUUAAACAAAAGGCGCAAAUUCCGGGUUUUGUAUUUCCGGUGAAUAUUCCGGCAACUAUAUAAACGUCGUCGGAAAUGAACAAUUCCCGGAGAACUGGUAUGAGCACAUUGCGGCGUCAAGCUUGCCGCCGAUCAGUGGAGGACCUUUCAUCUUCCCGGACGAGCCGGUCCAUUUUCUCCGGCAGCACCGGCGUUUCUCACACAGACUACUCCGAUGUCUUUGGAGGACCACCUAGAUCCCUUCUCGUUCACAGAUUCUCUAGCUCGGACAAUCUUUACGAUGAAAUUUACCGGUUGCCGGAAUUUAUACCUCCGGUGGAGAAGGUUGACAUGACCUUGCCCGUGUUCAGGAUUCCGGUGAGAAACGAAGGAUUUUUUAGUGAUAUAUUUGGGUCGGACGAUGACCGGAAAUCAAGAGACCGAUCGGGAUCACUUUCAAAGGCGAAUUCGUCGUCGGCACUGAGUUCUGAGGAACUAAGUCCUUGCCGGCCGACGAUCGGAGACGAGGUGCCACUGUCUGGUUUUACUUCAAAGCUGAGAAGGCCAAUGAGUGUCCCAUGGAAAUUGAACUCCUCAACUAUGUUGUCUGAGGAAUAUCCAAGUAAACAAGGGGUGUCAUAUUUUCCAUGCAAUGUUCAAUCAUUUGGAAUUCAAGAUCAGGAUAAUGAAUACAAGACAAACUUCAAAAGCUCUCCUCAUGGAUUCUCAAAAAAAGUCUCGUCCCCUGAAACUACGAGUUUCGGAUCCAAUUCAUAUCGAGGUGUUAAAGUAUUCGCGGAUGAUUGGGAGCUCAACUCCCCAUCUGAGUCAAAAUGUUCAGUUCAUGAUCAUGUGCAUUCAGAACAAAUUAUACAACAGGAUGAUGAUGGUGGUGAAAGUGAUGAUGAUUACAGCGAUGAUGACGAUUUUAUAAGCUCUUAUGUCAUAGAAAUUAACUCCAAUCUCAGAAGGGAAGAUUGUGAAGCAUCAGAUAUUGAUGAAGCAAUUGCAUGGGCCAAAGAGAAGUUUCAAUCAGGAAGCUCUGAUGAAGAGUCAAGCAUGAGAGAUAAUGGCAAUGAUAAGACUGUCCCAAAACAAGGAAGCCGUGAUGCAAGUGAAUACCAUGCUGAUGGAAUUGGAAAAGUUCAACAUCCUAAGAAACAAAGGACUGACACAGAGAAGUUGGAUGAAAAUAUAAGAAUGUGGUCAUCUGGCAAAGAAUCCGACAUCCGGCUACUGCUUUCAACACUACAUCAUAUUCUAUGGCCUGAGAGUGGCUGGCACACUAUUCCUCUUGUGAAUUUAAUAGAAAAAUCACAAGUGAAGAGGGCUUAUCAGAAAGCAAGGUUAUGCCUACAUCCAGACAAACUACAACAAAAAGGAGCAACAAUCCUACACAAGUAUGUAGCAGAGCAGGCUUUCUCCAUUCUUCAGGAUGCAUGGGCAGCAUUCAUUUCAGAAGAUGUUUCCUUAUGACAAAGUCCUUGAUGACUCAGUUUUGUCUUGAAAGUUGUGGACAAACAACGGACUAUACCUUUGGAGAUUUGAAAACAUCCUUUGUACAAAUAGUUACUGAUGUAUCCACUGUUUGGUCUAUGUUUGUAUCAUAGAGUUAUUUGAUGCUUUUUUUUAGGUUUCAUGUUAUUUGAUGUUUUAGUAGGUAUAUUUUUGAAGUAUUUGAUUUGUAUAAUAUGAGGAAGCAAGGAUUAGUUUGUACUGUACUAUAUUUCAAGAACCAUAUUCAAGCAUGGUUCUAAAGUUUCUUCUCCCCCACAUUGUCUUCAAAUUAAAUUAAAAUUUCUCUUCAUCAUUUGAAUA